UUUGCAUUGCGUAUUAAAAUUAUAAUGCAUAUAAUUAUACUUCAGCUGGAAUGAUAGGGCUGUUUGAUAAAUCUUUUUGCGAAUUAAAGCGAAAAAUAAAUUAAUUAUAAGUUGUUGACAAAUCGAUUGAAUGAAUUAAUGUUUUUAUACCCAUGUAAUUAACUUGCGAAAAGGACAUCAGAAAUAUUACAAGUGUUAUAAUGGCUAGUUUUGAGUGGAGAAGAGUAAAUUUAUUUGAUUUAAAACCUGAUGAAAACAGUACGAAAAUAACUGCGGCCUUGCAAGGCAGUCAAGUAACAUGUUAUGCAAGUGGAAGAGGUCAAAAUAUUAUAUGUGACUCACAAGGUGGCAUACAUGUAUUUGGACGUAAUUGGGAAUUCACAUCGUUCAAGGGCCAUGACAUGUCGAUUAAUUUAUGUGCAUUAUCAAUACAAAAUAAUUUACUUGUAACAAUAUCUGGAGAAGAAAUUAACGAGGUUUUUAAGGUAUGGAAUUUAUCAAAAAUCACAAAGAAUUGUGGAGCACCAUGCUUAAGAAAGGUUACUGCAGAAUUGUUACAAAAGCCCACAGCUUUAGCUGUUACAGACAACGGACAAAUUAUGGCUAUUGGCUAUGAGCUCGGUUAUAUAUCGCUAUAUCGGGGGGAUAUUGGUAGGGAUAAUACAAAGAUUUUAAAAAAAUUUAAAUGUUCAAAGAGUGCUAUAGUUGGGAUUGCCUUUCAAUUACAAGAAAAAAACAUAAAUAUGUUUGUUUGUUCCGAUACAUGCAUCGUCGUUUAUAACUUAAAAAGUAAAGAUAAAGAAAUCAAAACAGUUUUAGAUGAAAACUGUUCCCCUACUAGAUGCUAUGCCUUGCAAAAUCAUCCAGAAACCGGGAAUGAAUUAAGUUUUAUUGUUGGAAGAGACGAUGCAAUUUAUUGCUUUAACAAGGACGGUCGUGGUCCAUGUUAUGUUUUGGAGGGUCAGAAAUCAUUAGUUGAAUGCUUUAGAACAGGAUUAAUUGUAAUAAGCAAAAUAACAAAAACAACAACUGAUAAACAAUCUCUUAGCGUAAUUGAUAUUCAAGAUAAUAUAAUUAUAUUCAAUUGCAAUAUUAAUGAGGUUGUUGCCAUUUUUAAAGAAUUUGGGGUUUCAUAUAUUUUAACAAAAAAUAAUGAGCUAUUUCGAUUGUGCGAAAAGGACUUUCAAAGUAAGUUGAACGUUCUUUUCAAAAAAAAUCAGUAUGAAGUGGCAGUUAAAGUUGCAACCCGCGAGCAAUAUGAUCCUGAGGGACUCGCAGGAAUUUAUAAACAAUAUGGUGACCAUUUAUAUAUUAAAAGAGACUAUGAAGGAGCUGUUGAAAAUUAUAUAAAAACUAUAGGUUAUCUUGAACCUUCGUACGUAACGAGGAAAUUUUUAGAUUCAAAACAUACCAAAUUUUUGACUGAUUAUUUAUUGGCUUUACAUAAAAAUAGAAAAGCCGUAUCAUAUCAUCAUACAACUUUAUUGCUAAACUGUCUUACAAGGCUCGAGUUAAAAGAAGAAUUAACGGAUUUUUUAGCCAAAGAUACACACCCUGACAUUACAUUUGACAUAGAAGAAGCGAUAAAAAUUUGUAGGAAAGCUUCAAUUGAAUUAGCUUUAGAAUUAUCCAAAAGAAAUCAAAAGCAUCAGUAUUGUGUGACUAUUUUGAUUGAGGAUCUAGCCUUGUUUGAGGAGGCAUUAGAUUAUAUUUCAAAACUUUCAUUCAGUGACUCAGAAAAACUUUUGAUUAAGUAUGGAAUUGUAUUAAUGAAUAAUUGCCCUGACAGAACAACGAAUGUAUUAAAGAAGCUGUGCAUGUUUCAAAAAGAUCAAAGCUAUGAAAUUUCGAAUAGUUCUUUGAUAAGCUUUAAAUCUGCCGAUUUUGGAAAGUUUUUCAAAUCUUUUUUUAAAAAUACCGAUAAACUGAUUGACUUUUUAGAGCAUAUUAUUCAAAAUGUGGUUGAUUGUAUUCCAACGCCAGAGGUUUUAAAUACUCUAAUUGAACUCUAUCUGAGAAAGGUUAAUGAAAGCAAUAAUGUGAAAGAUCGUCUAAUAGAAAUAUUUUUGCAAUUUGAAGGAAUUUACGAUGUAAAUCACGUUUUAAUUUUAUGCCGUUUGUAUAAUUUUUCAGAAGGAAUAGUUUGGAUUUAUGAACAAAAUAAACUAUACCAUCUAGUGUUGCGCUACCAUUUAGAAAAUAGAAAUUACAAGGAGUUAUUAAAAUUUUGUAAGAGAAAUGGGUCAUCAGAACCUUCGUUAUGGCUAGAAGUUCUUAAUAGUUUGGAAAAUGACGAGCAAGCUCCAUCUGAUUUGUUAGUCUUAGUACUGAAUAACAUAUAUACAUCAAAUGAGAAACCGCAAUCGCCUUUACAAAUUCUUAAUUACCUUGUGUCAAAGGACAAACAUAAAAAUAUAAAAUUGGGAAAUGUUCGGGACUAUUUUUCGCAUGUUUUUAGAAAGGAGUCCCAAUUAACAAACCAAGAAAAGGUUACAGUUAAAAAUUUGCAAAUUAAUUUAGAAGUAAUUAAAGGAAAAAUAGAAAAUAUUUGUUCAAAACCUGUCGAAUUUAGGAAUACUAUGUGUGACUCAUGUCACCAACGUUUAACCAUGCCUGUUACUUAUUUCUUAUGUAAACAUGCAUUUCAUCAAGAAUGUCUAAUUAAUUCAGACAGCGAAAAAGAUUGUAAAAUUUGUUUGGAAGGUUAUUCCCAACUGAAUAAUGCAUUAAAGGCACAAAGUGAAUCUAAAAAUACUCCUAAUGAAUUUCAUAAAGAGCUUAUCAAUUCUCAUGAACCCUUUUCCGUUGUGUCGGAGUAUUUUGGAAGAGGUCUCUUCAACGAAAUAGUAGUAAUAAAUGAAGAAGAUGAACCAAAAGAAAUUAUUUCAAAAGAAACUCAGCAAAACAUUCCAAUAUCAGAAGCAAAAUUACGCCUCGCGGAAGGAAGGAUCAAAGAUUUACAAACGAAUUACAUUACGCAAGCCGAAGCUAGAAUUCGUGCUGAGGAAGCUUAUAGAUAUGCAAAGACUGAAAAAAAGGAAGUUAAGUUUUUACCAAAAAAAUCUGUUCAAAAACUGGAUAAAAUUUCGAAAAGUUUAUCAAAGUCUGAGUCCACAAACCCUUUUGAUGUUGAUGGCAGUGAUCAUGAUUUUUCUCAACAAUCGGUGCAUCACCAGCAGAAACCAAUUUCCUCGAAAAAUCAAUCAACCAAUCCCUUUGAAAUUGACGAAAUGGAAAGCGCUAGACCAAGAAGAAAUAUAAGAUCUAUUGAAUUGUAUAAUAAUAAUUUGAAUCCUUUCGCUUAAAGUUCAAUAUUUCCCAUAACAUUUACUAAUAUUUAUUAAACUAUGUUUAAAAUGUCAUAUCUUAAAUAUGCAUUAUAAUGUAUGUAUAUUUAAAUAUAAACAUAAACUUUAAUUUGAAAUUGUUAUAUUAAA